AUGCCCUUCCCCGACACCCUGCAAUCCGCCAUGUGGGAUAGUGGCUCAGCUGAGCAUGACACCGAGCUGAUCCCGAUAACCCCUUACCAUCAAAGUGCAGAUCACCUAUUACAAAGUACAUCAGAACUUCAAUCGGGGCGAUAUUCAGAGAGGGGCUCGGAAAGUGACUCGGGCCAGAACGGGGAACACCGGCCCCAGCAAAGCUGGCUCUUUCGAGGUGGGGACCGGUUUCAGGGCUGGAGAUUCACGGUAUUCUUGGCCUUUAUCACAAGCGUGAUUGUCUUUCUUUUCAAUCUCUGCUUUAUGCUUUAUACCAUCGCCCAUAAUCGACAAAAUGACACGACGGGGGUCUUGUACGAAGGGAACUGCGAGAAGGUACAACAUUUGGAUAUCGGAUUACAUUUGUUGAUCAAUAUACUGAGCACGGCUUUGCUAUGCGCCAGUAAUUUUGGGAUGCAAUGCCUAGCAGCACCAACAAGACAAAACAUUGGCCGAGCCCACCAAAAAGGGAAAUGGCUCGACAUCGGAGUGCCUAGCAUUCGAAAUCUGUUUCGCGUGUCCAAGGGACGCUCGCUUUUAUGGAUAUGCCUAGCAGCCUCGUCGCUCCCUUUCCAUCUCGUGUACGAAUUAUAUGCCUCCCCACCUGCUAACGAAAAAAGCUACAACUCCACAAUCUUCUCAACAACAUCCGUCACAGCCUACAUGAUUUUCCUGGGACAUGGAGAGCUCGGCAAAGUAUAUUCGCCAAAUCUGGAAGUGCCACGCCGAGACACAGACAAGUGGGACGCAUUUGAGAGGCUUUGGUCAUCCGCGGGAAACGACACGCUCAGCCAUCUCGACCCAACAGACUGCGUUAAUGAAUACGCGCAGACCUUUCAAACAAAAUAUGGCAAUCUUCUUCUGGUCACUGAGCAAGUCAGCACGCCUAUCACAUACGUGUACCUCACCACACAGGGCGUGUUCAGCCCCCAGCGGUAUCUGGAUCUCGCGCCUCCACAGGCAGAUCCAUAUGGGUGGCUUUGCCCGAAUGACUGGGGCUCAGAUUGCGUGACAUACCUACCCACAAUCCAAUCUCAGAUUGCGGAUAAUAAUUGGACCGUGUUAAGUGGUUCUUCGUCGGGUGGAGGGUGGAAGGUUGACUACUGUCUUGCUGAGAAGGCGAGGCAGUACUGCAAGUUACAAUACUCUUUCCCAUUGACCAUGGUCAUCCUUGGGUUCAACCUUGUGAAAACGGUUAUCUUGUGUUAUAUGUGGUUUGGUAUGAGAGAGGCUCCGAUCCUCACCACCGGCGAUGCAAUUGCUUCUUUCCUGCGGCAGCCCGAUCCUUAUACCAAGGGUAGGUGUCUGCUCUCCUACCAGGAGGCUAGAUCCAUAUCCUGGAAACUGCACUCGAGGGCCCACGAACCGAGGGUUUACAAUGGGAAAAUCAAACGUUGGGGCAGUGCUGUCUCCGCAAGACGAUGGAUAUUUAGUAUAUCCUUCUGGCUCCUCGCAAUCAUCACUUGCAUCGUCCUCCUGCUAUACGGCAUCUCCCAAAUAAAGUCCCACUCCACCGUCUGGAAAACAACCCUAAACGAAAUCAACGCAAGCACCCUUAUAAAAGGCGACCACUGGCCUCAAACGCUCAUCCCUAUCGUCAUAAUAGCCAACACCCCACAACUAAUCUUCUCAUUCCUUUACUUCGCCUUCAACAGCCUCCUCACGGCAAUGAAUUUUGCAGCUGAAUGGAGCGGAUACGCCGUCAGCCGGAAAGGUCUCCGGGUCUCGGGGAGCCCAUCUCUCUCCCAGCGCAGCAAUUAUUUCCUCUCCCUGCCAUACCGUUAUGCGGCCCCGCUUAUAUGCGUCUCGGCCCUGCUGCACUGGCUUAUCUCGCAGAGUCUAUUUAUGGUGGGAAUUGAGGCUUAUGGCCCUAACAUGGAGAGACAGCGGGGCCAGGACUUUCUGACAUGUGGCUAUUCGCCAGUUGCAAUCGUUAGUUCCAUUGCUGUCGGGAGUUUCAUGUUCUUCUGUCUUGUUGGGUUGAGUUUUAGGAAGUUUGAGUCGGCCAUGCCUGUUGCCGGGAGUUGUAGUUUUACUAUUGCUGCGGCGUGUCAUCCUGCGUUUGAUGCGAAUCAUAGAGAAAAUGGGGAGAUGGAUGCGGGGGUUCAAUGGGAAAACGAAGAUGAGGAUAUGGGGCUGCUGCCGGUGAAAUGGGGGUCGGUGCAGGUCGUAGGUCUGGUAGGACAUUGCACAUUUACAUCGGGAGAUGUACACGAGCCCCAAAAAGAACACCGAUAUCAGUAG